AUGGCAGCCAAAGCAGGAGACAACCCCGACAGCCUCAUGACUCUGGCAACUGUCUUCUGCCUGAGGAACCUGAAGAAGACGAUGUGCUACCAGGGCUUCAGGAACAAGCUGUGCCUGCGCUCAGACAUCUUCCUCCCCAGCGAGAUCUGCGACAAGCUGGUCAACACAUACAUGGAACUGGUCCACACAGACAGUAACUUUGAACCAGAGGAGAGCUUCUUCCAGCUCUUCUCAGACCCCCGGAGCACCAGACUGACCCGGGUACAGCUCAGAGAGGACUUUGUCCGUGACAGAGACCUGGAAGCCAUCAAAAAACAGGACCUGAUCGAGCUCCACCUCACCUACUGCAACAACCUGUCGUCUCGCAGCUUGAAAGCGCUGUCCUGCUUCCGCGACACUUUGGUGUCUCUCUGUCUCUUCGGCUGCAGCAACAUCUUCUACAGGAAGUGCGGCGCCCCGCUCGCCUGCAACGAGGACACAGACGAGGACGAGGAGGAGAGCCCCGCCUCUCGGCAUGCUUUAGAAACAGACUUUAACUUCCAGGGAUUCAACCGGCUCAGGCUGCUCAACCUGGGUGGCAUGCCGAAGGAGCUGGACCCCGAGACACUGCUCAAACCCCUGAAGUCGCUCACCUCGCUAGAUCUGUCCAAUGUACAGUUACUGGGGACAUCUUUUCUCACCCAGUGGAGGGACAGACUGGCCUCUCUUGUUCUCUACAACGUGGAUCUAUCCGAGGAGUUGAUCAGCACAGUUUUGGAGCUCGUUAAUCUCAGGCACCUCGACAUCUCCCAGGAGAGCAGGCGGAUCUCAAAGUUUAAGAUGACCAAGAAAAUCCUGACGGCCAUCGUCCAGCGUCUGGUACACCUGAUGUCCCUGGACAUCUCGGGUCACAUCAUGCUAGACAACUGCACAGUUCCACACUUUGAAGAAGCGAUGGGACGUCCGAGCACUGAACCGUGCAAGAGCAGCAUCUACCCUUUCCAGGAGCUGAAGAGGCCCCUGCAGUUUCUGGGCUUGUACGACACCACCCUCUGUAAUGUGACGCACAUCCCUGCCUAUAAGGUGACUGGAUCAAAGAAUGAAGACCAGGUCCUGAACGCCAUCGAGGCUUACACAGAGUUUCGCCCUGAGCUCGCCCACAGAGCCAUCAAUCAGCUGUUUGACAUUGCCAGGAUACAACAUUGCAGCCAGCUGCUCCGCGCUCUGCAGCUUGUCAUCGCAGCACUGAAGUGCCAUAAAUACGAUAAGAGCAUCCAGGUGACGGGCAGCGCCGCUCUUUUCUACCUGACCAACACCGAGUACCGCAGCGAUCAGAGUGUGCGGUUACGGCGGGAGGUCAUUCAGGUGGUGCUGAAUGGGAUGGAGCACUACCAGGAGGUCACUGUCCAGAGGAACUGCUGCCUGACUCUGUGCAACUUCAGCAUCCCAGAGGAGCUUGAGUUCCAGUACAGCCGCGUCAACCAGCUGCUGCUGAAGAUCCUGGAGCCGGCCAGGCAGGAUGAGUCCAUCCAGAGAAUCGCCGUGCACCUCUGCAAUGCUUUGGUCUGCCAGGUGGACAACCACCAUAAGGAGGCUGUGGGCAAGAUGGGAUUUGUGAGGACAAUGCUGAAUUUAAUUCAGAAGAAGUUACAGGACAGAAUGUGUGACCAGGUGAUGGAGUUUUCCUGGAGCGCCCUGUGGAACAUCACAGAUGAGACGCCCGACAACUGUCAGAUGUUCCUGAACUGUCGGGGCAUGAGCCUGUUCCUGGAGUGUCUGCAGGAGUUUCCAGACAAGCAGGAGCUUCAUCGCAACAUGUUGGGUCUUCUGGGAAACGUGGCUGAGGUCAAAGCUCUGAGGCCACAGCUGCUCACCCCACAGUUUAUCACAGUGUUCAGUAACCUGCUGGACAGUAAGGCCGAUGGGAUUGAGGUGUCGUACAACGCCUGUGGAGUGCUGUCGCACAUCAUGUUUGACGGGCCUGAGGUUUGGAAGAUGGAGGAGCCGCGGAGAGACAUGGUGAUGGAGAAGAUGUGGGAAGCCAUCCAGAGCUGGGACGUCAGCUCGCGGCGCAACAUCAACUACAGGUCAUUCGAGCCCAUCCUGCGGCUGCUGCCUCAGAGCAUCUCCCCUGUCAGUCAGCACUGGGCCACAUGGGCUCUUUACAACCUGGUGUCAGUUUACCCAAGCAAGUAUUGUCCUCUGCUGAUAAAAGAAGGAGGAAUGACUCUUCUGGAGAAAGUUCUGGAGCUGGAGAGUUCACAUCCGGACACAAAGGACAUGGCCCGAAAAGUAAUGGAGCACUGUGAAAACUUCAAAGAAGACCCGAUGGAAACAAAUCCCGGACAGGAUGCAAACUUUGGACAGAGAGGGUGACGCCAAGGGAGCUGAAAUUCCCAGUAAAUAUCCAGAAAACCAACCUGAGGCCCCUCCCACCAUCAUCACCACAAGGGUCAAUUGUGUGCAUUAUUCUUAUAAUUCUUCUUCUUUUGUAGAGUUAGAACAGUGUCUCUGACCCUCCUCACAGCAGUUUGAUAUUUGACACAUAGAACUUAAGACGUGGUGCAUGGUAUUUUGUCGUGAGGGUGCUUACCUUUGCUGCACAUCUCUUCUGUUGGGGACAGGUUUGUGGGGUUGGGUGACUGUUAUUUCUCAGUGUGAGUGUGUUUGCGUGUCAAAGGUUUAAACCAGAACAAAACAGCCGUAGUGAUGCUCGGUUCUCAGCGGACGGCAGCGCCAGCCGCCCCCAGCUCGCUGUCGGUAACCGAACAAAAAACAAGGCCGCGUGGCGAGUCGGAGGCCUCAGCUCACACUCGCUCGUGCUAGCGAAGGCCGCGGAGCCGUCGGACACAUGUACAGUGAAUAUUAGCCAUUAAGUGUGCGGGCUGCAGACCUCGCAGCUCUGUGAUGGACUUCUUUGUUUAUAUAUGUAAAUAUUAUGUGUGGGUCUCAUCCUUUUACUGUGUGUAUGUUUUAUAAUAUAACUGUAAACACUCAUGACUUUACGCUGUAUUUAAAUCUCUUUAGGUCUGGCUGAUUGCAGUCAGUGCUAAGAAACUAUACACAGAAUCAUUCAUAGCAGUCCUGUAAACUCUUUAAAGGACCAUUCACAUGUAAUUCAGCCUCCCAUCUUAAAGGUACUCAAACUGCAGAUUCCAGCUUUUAAAAUGAGUUUAAAGUUAACUCAAGGUAUCAACAGACUGUAAAGAAACAGCAGUUCUGACAUUAUGUCCAACGCGUCUGUGUGCUGAGCUACAGAGAUAUCAGCUGAGGUUUUAAUGGGGACAAGCUGUACUGUUGUGCAAUACUUUGAACCAAAAAGUGCAGUCGGCCAGUGUAGCAUCCUUUUUUUCUAACAUUAUAAAGCCUACAUUCUUUCUAGUGACCAGCAGGGGGCAGCUUCUUGGGUUGGGGGAAAAAGGCUUCUGGUUGUAUAGAAGUCAAACUUGAGUUGAUAUCUCUGCAGGUCCAUACGUAACAACAUAGUAAUUUCUUCUCAUUCUGUUGGUGUUUUUGAUUUUUGUUUAGGUUUUAAACUCUUUUUAAACAAAGACUUACAACAAAAAAGUACCUUUAACCUAUCUGGUAACUCUUACUGGAAGCAGCGGUGAGCUUUAAACUAAGAGGGAGGUGAAAUUAAUCAAAGCAAAUACACUUCAUGGACAAAUGUAUGUGGACAUUAAGGCUUCUGGAUACAAAGUGAUAAAGCCUCUAUACAAACAAAGAGCUACUGUUGACAGACAGUAAGAAAUGAUCCUUGCACAGGCUCUGGGUGAAUUGACUUGGACAUAUAAUGUAUAUUAAAAGAUUCACAUAGCCUUUUGGGCAGACAUGUGUUACUUCUAAUGUCCAGCAGGGGGUGACUCCUGUGAAGUCAGAUUAUAGAAGUCUAAUGGAAAAAAGACCCAGACAUGCAGACCUUGACUGUCAUGCUUUGUUUUACAGCACUAAACAUGGACUGUGCAAUGCCAGACCUCAGUGGUGUCACAUUCAGCGGUUCUACAUGAUGAGAAUCUCCAUCAGUGUCAGUACCGCUCUCUACUCAACUUAGUAAAAUAUUCAGCAAUUUUCAUUUCAUUAUUAACAGAGUUGAGUCUUCUGGAAGCGCAACACUAAAUUAAAUGAAACAACAAUAAUCCAGUACAGCUGGACACCUAAACACCUGGAAACGCAGGCUCAUGGAAAGCCUUUGGAGUUCCUCUACAGGUCUACUCACGUGUCCACAUACUUGGCCUUUACUAGAGCUUUGAUGCUUUGUACUGCUCUCUCUGUGGUGUUAAAAGCCCAGAACCCUCUGAACUCCCUGGUGCUUCCAGUGGUCCAGAUGAUACUAAAAGAGAGGAGGUUGGAAGAUAAACGGUUAUCCUUUGAGGACACCUGACGGCCCAUCAUGGUUAUUGGUCGUUCAGCUUGCUGCUAAAAUAACUCCUUCACUUAAAUCAAACAGUUUUAUUUUGAAAAGCUAAGGGGAGGAAAAUAAAACUGUGUUCACUUGUAUGUUCGACACUGGUGAUGGGAUCUUAAAAAAAAAAAA